CAUCACCCCUCAUCAGGUGUUCUUUCUGUUCACCGAGAGCUGAACAUCAUGAGGAAUCACCGCGUUUUGAUCGCCGCCGCGGCCGCGAUGGCGCUGCUGUGCCUGGCCGUGGCCGACCCCGUCCCUUACGGCGCCGGACGCAAGAAGGGCCACGGCGGGUUUAGUGGCGGUGGAAGAGGCUCCGGUGGAUCAGCCUUCGGCAGCGGUGGAAGAGGUUCCGGUGGAUCGAGCUUCGGAAGUGGAGGAUCUGGCUUCGGCAGCGGUGGAAGAGGUUCCGGUGGAUCAGCCUUCGGCAGCGGUGGAAGAGGCUCUGGUGGAUCGGUCGGAAGGUGGGGAUCAGCCUUCGGCAGCGGUGGAAGAGGUUCCGGCGCUGGUGGAUCGAGCUUCGGAAGUGGAGGAUCAGGCUUCGGCAGCGGUGGAAGAGGCUCCGGUGGAUCGAGCUUCGGAAGUGGAGGACUAGGCUCCGGCUCGGGUGGACAGAAGUACAGCGGUGGUGGAAGCAGCGGUUUUGGUGGAAGUGGAGGCUCUGGCAGCGGCGCUUUUGGAGGCAGCGGAGGCACUGGAGGUAGCAGUGGCUUCGGAGGCAGUGGCAGUCAC